AUGGCGACGGACACCAGCGAUCCGGAGGCAGCCGCUCACGGCACCCUCGCUCUCCUGACAACCCGCCUUGACCGACUGGAAUUCCUGCUCUCUGGUAAAAGCAAUGAGGAGGGCAGGCCCGAGUCAAUUACAGCACCUACCCACAACAACGAGACGAUUUGGGCACAGUUGGAUUCUCUGGAGGCUAAGUUGUGCCAGCUGAAGAAGCUCACUGGUCCAGCGGGUGAAGUUGUCCGCAAUGUAGAGCGUCUAUCGUCUACGUAUCCGGAUCUCUUUUCUCCUCAGACAAGCACCUCCGAGAUACCUGAAUCCGAAGAUUUGAGCACGCUUGCUUCAAUUGUCCUCUCACAUGCGACCUUAUUCCCGGAAACUGCGUCCAGGCUGUCAUCUCUGCAAACUCUUCAAGUCCCGUCUGCAGAACAAAGCUCAAAGCUGGUGUCCCUGAUUCCGAGACUUGCCCAAUGCAAGGAGAACGAACAGAGCCUCGAAGAGGACAUUCAAGAGCUCCGAGAGCGUAGCGCCAGAUGUUUGGAAUGGUGGGUCAAGGUUGGCGUGAUUGGGACGGGAGACUUGUAUGAAAACUGGGAGAGAAGACUACACGAGGUUGAGAGACACCUCAUCCGUUCAGAGCGACGAGCGAAAGAAGAACAAGGAUACUUGUGA